UCUUCUUACACUGACCUGAAAUCGGGAACCAGAUCGGAAUUGGUAAUAAAUCGAAUGGUGUUCCAGUUGACUUGUCUUCUCUCACUCGCGUGCUUGUCAGCCAAUCAGGUGAUACAAUAGUUUUCGUCUCUCUACCCCAAUCAAUUGGUCUCAAGGUUAAGCAGUCAGCCUAUCGCGUCAAGGUCUUGAUUUAGAUUAGACCAGUUAUCCCCUGCACAAAAGUGGGUAGACAGAUGAAGGACGUAACAGUAGUGUAGUGAACGAUAAAUCAGGUGGGGAAAACCAAUCUUAUUAUUCCAUGAAAAAUUACGCAGUGAAUUUGUAAAGUAUGAAAAGCAUACACUAAAUACAUUAUUCGCACAUCUACCUUCACUUUUCCUUUACAUACUUCACGAUACUUUCAAUCUCCUUGUUAUUACUAUUUCUCUCUUUUUACAUUCCUGUUUUCUUCAAUCUUUUCAAUGUUCUGCCGUGGGCAUUCCACUUCUGAUUGGUAUUAUACACUACUCUUAUCUGUCAGCAUAAGUAGCAUACACCACAGUAGUAGUAGGAGUAUAAUUCGUGUCUCUAUUUUGUGCAUAAAUCUGCUGAGGAGUCCCACAAUAGGACGAAACGCCGUCCAGUGCUUCCAGGUUUUCCAUGGUGGUCUAACUUCAAUCGACUCAUGAUCUCAACUGUUGAAAUUACUACAAUCUUCACAAAACCCCUUCUGAUACAUAAAUCUGUCUUUAUUUUACUCAAAAAGUUUUGUAUGAAGAUUUUAAAACUGGUGGUUGAUGGUUGUGUGGUUAUUUUGGUACUCGUACGCAUAGACUAAUCACCAAUCCCUACAUUUUUGCAUAAAAUACUUAAUCAUUGAUUUAUGGCUGAUGAAUACUAAUAUGCAUUGAAUCGCAAUUUAUAUGCAAGAGUUUAUAUUUAUCCCUUAUUUAUGUUAAGGACUGCAAUUAAUCAGUCUCAAUCAACACAUGUGCAUCCUAAGCGGAUUACUUUGGUAUUACCGUUUAGUCAAGAUUUUUUAUUCAAGUUGGUUGGUGGCUACUAGAAUCCGAUCUGUCAUUGUCGUUAACAUCAACGAUGGAAAAGCAUAAACUCUGAUAAAUAAAAUUCGUAGCGACUGCGCAAGCAUAUAUGUCUGUUGAAGGAUUUCCGCAAAACAUUAACUUCCGCGUGUUCACCGUUCCUUCCUACUAGAUUUGUGUAAUGUUUCAAAUUAACCAAUCUUUGACAUUCUUCAGAUACUGAUUGCAGAUUGAUAUUAGGAUUUUGUUCGAUUCUCGCUAAAAUCCAUGUUCUGAUAACAGCAUCUACUGCAGAUUGUAACUCACAGACAAAAAUAAUGCAUUUAAACUGAUCUGCGGACAUUUCCUGUAAACGGAACCGCUCACAUUCCCGGUUCAUGAUGCUUGCAUACGUCAUAGUCGUCCUGUGGUUUUUCCACAAGCUGGAGACACUGACAUCUAGUGUGAAAAACUGAUGAUCGUUCACCAAAUAUACGUGUCAAUUACUCGACGGUUUCUCUGAAGGUUAUGUCUGUUGGCUUCUUUGGGAGGAUAAAGUUACAGAACUUUUCAUGUCCAGACACUCCGAGCUUCCAUAAUAAUAAUCUCAGUUUUGAACCUUUGCACCACUCUUUACAGUCAUUAAUAAACAAAUCCUCAUAGCGCUUAAACCAUGCCUCAAAAGUAAUCCCACAUUAUGGAUCAAAUCUAAAUUCAUUUAUUGAAUUUGCAAUAGAAUCCGGAGUCAUAAUGGAAUUAGAUACAUUGGCUCUUAGGGAUAUUGACAUACAUUUGACCAAUAAUUCGAUAAGAGAAGUUUUCAGAUCAUUUUAUUGUUAUAAAAUCCACUUUAACUGAAUAUAUAGGCGUAGGCCCGUUUUAAUCACCGUCGCCAAUGUUAUAACGGUUGGUUUUCCACGUUUACGCGUAUGGGACGUUAAUUUACCUUAAACGAUUAUCCACACUAGAUUCCCUCCCAGUGUCUAUUCUACAGGGCUUCAACACAACUCAAAUCAAGAACACGUGAUUAGCCUGACCACAACAUAUAUAUAUUUCCGCACCAAAACCCGACACAAUCCAACAACAAUGAACAAUCAAUAAUAAUAAUUAUAAGGAUAGGGAAUAUAUAACUCAUCUGUCACCUAUCAGACUGCUUGCAUGUCUGACUAAGCAGACAAUCAAUCAUUAUUAUUCUCGCCCGCACAUCAGAGACACGACUUAGCUUCUAGGCGAUCUGUUAGGAUGCGCUGUUUGAGACUGCUAGUGAUAGUCAACCUCCCUAUGCACAAACUCCAACGGGCUACUGAGUGAAAAGACUAAGCUCAGAGGAGGCGGUUUAUUGGGCUAGAUCGAUUCACACACAUAAGUACUCAUAUAUAUAUCCCGAUCAAAAUAAAUCAAGAACGGUCACUCUUUGUCCUCCUUUUGAUUACAAACUUUAAAAUUGUCCUCUUCCUUUUUUAUCUAGUAAAUUCGUUAUUUUUUUUCAUUCAGUCCAUGCCUAAUUAUUUCUGUUACCACUAAUACUGUUACUAUUUCUACUACUCUGAGAUUCGUCAUGAUAAUGUGGUUUGGCCAUUUGAAUAGAUGCACACAUAUAUACAUUGUGCAAGACAUUUAACUGACUGACUGAAUCAUAGUUAUGUAUACAUUUUUCCAUUGAAUCGUAAAUUCUAAACCACACUUAUUGUCUUAAAAUCACAUUUUAGAAUUAAAUUACCUGACAAUAAAAUCAAAUGAUUCGAAUUAGAGUUUUUCAAAUCAAAUGACUAAAUAAUUGAAUAAGUGUAUUUUUAUUUUAAUAUGAAUUGGUUAUUGUAUUCAAGAUGAUUACUACUUAUUUCAUUUGCAAAGAAAGAAGGAAUUUUUCUUUUAACGAUGAUCCUAUGAAUUACAAUAAUUUUUAAUUGUCCUAUUACACCUGUCCAUGAUUUUGUCGACUUUAUUUAUUGUUAUCUGUAAUUUUUUGGUUCUGUUUUACCGAUCUCCAUAAGAGCAAGCUAAAUCUAAUGUGGUAUUAUGUGAAUAAAACAUUCAUAACCACAUAUCAAUCCUAAUCACGCAUUGGUUCAUAUGACUCAUUGUACUUAAUAAUAAUCGUGCAAUAAGCUUACGUUUAAUAUGGAUAAAAUAAAUGGUAUACAUCAAAAUGUCGAUCAUCCAUUUACUAUACUUGCUAACUUUAUUCAAAGUUCCUAGUAGACUUGUUAGCGAGAUAUACAUUGGGUUAAAUCCAUGUUCCGUACGGGGUUGUGUCGGGACACUCUGAUUGGCUAUUUCUUAACCAGUCAGUGCUAGCGGAUAUUUGGAGAAGGCUGUAGAAUCUUGUGUAAAAAUUAUAAAUCUAUCCUAACGUUUUUAUUUUGCUCCCAAUUCCCAUCCACCCCUGUUAUUUGGAGCAUAGUUACAUCCAUGUUCAAUCAUGUUUUUUUAAUACCUUUUUUCCCCCUUUUUUUUGUCUUCGUUUCUGUUUUUUGUGUAAGAAACUUGUUGAAAUACCCUGUGCUGAGAAUUUCUAUGUUGUACCAAAAUAUAAUAUUGAGUAAAGCUAAUAAUAAUAUUAAUAAUAAUAAUGUUCUGAUUCGGGGACUUGUCGAUUGAAGUAGUGUACAAGAUUACUAAGCAAUAAGAGUAGCUGGGUCGUAAUAUGAGAAUUCAUAAUAAAACUCUCCAGACUUUUAUGAGUUCACCGAGAGUUUUAUCAUCAAUACCAAAUAUCCUCAUAAAGUUAUUAGUUAUUUAAUGUAUUUUUAAUAUACGUAUACCAAAUAGAGAGUAUUACUAAAUGAAUUGCAAAGUACUUUGGUUUAAAAUUAUUUUGAACGUCUUUGUUAUCCGGACUGUAAAAUAAGACCUUUUUUUCGAAACUCAAAUAGAUUUAAGUCAGACUUUUAUUAACAGUCAUAAUCAGUUAAAAGUUUCAUAGAAUAUACAGCACUCUAAAUCAUUUUAAAUGUAUUUCGGAAUACUUUAGUAACCUCAGCUGGUAAUUGUUUGAGUGUGAAACUUCAACUGAUUAAAAAUUAUCACUGAAAAUUCUGAAUAACUUAAGUUCUUACAGGCGGUAUUUUUGAAGUUAAUCAGCAAAUAGUGCUUUGUUAGCUAAUGUUAUUUGAUGUUAUGCCUAAUGCUGUUACUAGAUGUAUUGUCUAAUCUGUUAAACAGGAUCAAUCUGUUUAUUGUUUUAUUAGCUUUUAAAUUGUACUAUUCUAUGGUUUACAUCAAGAACUGACCUUUGUUAGGAAUGUAAACCACUGUAUGCUUACUCAUUGGUUUAAAGGAUGGGCGCUUGCCUUGUGACCUGGAAGUCUUGGUAACCAUCCUUGGUGGGGUCAUAGAUGAGUAGUGCUGAUAAGUCUCAUAUUAGGACAAAAAGGUUGUUCAGUGCUUCCUGGUUUCCGAUAGUUAUCUAACCAAGAUCAGCCCGUAAUAUAAACCAUGAAAUUUAAAAAUCUACACAGACCUCAUUAUAUAUGUAUUAGUAUUAUUUUCCAUUGAGAAUUAUUAACGCUAAAGAUAGUUUCAUGUUUUUAAUGUCCGGUAUACAUGAUUUUAUACUUAAUAUUUGCACACUAAUCGCUAUGCCACUAGUUUGUUUCAUAUAAAAAAUUGCAUUUGCUACUACACCGAUAGUUAUUUCCUUAAAUUAAGUAUACUGUUGUUUGGCCAGCAAAUUCAAAUUACAAUUAAAAUACGCACAUUGAUCAUAGAGGGGUAAUUAAUCUGAUGCUUUUUUAUUUCUUUUGGUGUUGAUCGAUAACUUAAGUAACAAGUUAGUGAACACCCCUUUCGUGUUUGGGAAAGAGUAUGAGUAAAACAAUAAAUUAUUCCAUUAGCGGUCAGGUAGUAGAUAGGAACGAUUCAUUCAAAGUAAUUUAUCAUAUUUCUGCUUUUUUAGAAGGGUUCGAUCUCGUCUUCUACAUAAGAAAUUUUGAAGUUAUCCCCUCUUUGGACAAAAAGGGGUUAAAAACGAUUUUAUUUCUUAAUUUCCAUAACAUCUGUUCGUUUACUUUUAUUCACCUGUUUUUCGUUUAUAUUCUUCACAGUUUAUUCAUAUCAACACUUAUUGUGUAACUUGAAUGAUUUUUAACAAAUGUUAUUUUAAUGUUUAUUUUUCCAAGUUUCUGAUAUACUUCCUAUUACCAGACACUAGUCCAAGCCUUUAUUAUUCUUAUCACAACUAGUACAUCUGUCAUCACACUAUCAAUUUGUACUUUUUCAUUAUUAAGUUUAGUUGUAUAGUUUAUGUUGCUGUCACUACUGACUCAUAAACUGUCUUGAUUGUUGGCGUUCGAAACCGAGGGUCCUGGGUUUGAUUUCUGCCUACGUGAUCGUGUAUGCUCUGCUGAGAAGUUUCAUACUAGGGUAAAACGGCCGUUCGAUGUUUUCAAUGGUGGUAUAACGUAGAUCAGUCUAGGAUUUUAAUGAAAUUCAAUCAACUUCACAACUGUAUACUUACAAUAUUGUAAGCUUACAUGUGUUUGUGAAUGCUUACUCCUGAAGAGUCCCACACUAAAACAAAACCAUUGCCCAAUGCUUCCUGUUUUUCAGUGGUUGUCUUGUUAUAGUCAGUCCGUGAUGUGAACUACAAAACAGAACUUUCGUUGCCACGUCUGUACAUAUGCUUAAACGUACUAAAUUAUUCUCAUACUUAGUGAGGUUAUAAUUUUUACUGUCUGAAAUCUGUUGCAUUGGAAUUUGAGGCCAGUGAUUAACUCAACUACUUCAUUAAUUCCAUUGUUAACCAAUCAAUCAAAGCUUUAUAACAGUUUAUGACUUACAGUACACAUUCCUACAUAGUGAACUUUAUUAGUUUUGAAGUUUAUACUAGUGUAUAUUAACAGGUAAAUGUCCAUCUUCCUUAAUAAAUGUCAUCUAAAUGUUAAUUAUUAUUCUGUCUCUUACACAAUAAAAAUUUCUUUUUCUAACCAUCAGUUGAACAUAUAUAUGCCAUUCAAUUUUAUUUCUAAAGACACUUUGUUAGCGUAUAUUUUUGUGGGUGUACCUCUUUAGAGAUUGACAACAACAUUUCACGCGUAUGAUCAUAUAUAUGUAGUGAAUGAAGUUUGAAAAUAGAUUUGUGACCCUUUUAGUUUCGUGCUAUUUACGCUCAAAGUUUAAGAAAAAAAGAGGUAGACGACUCCGUAGUGUAUUGGGCUUGUCAAGACUUGGUAAUAGUAGAGAUGAAAAUUUUAUCAUCAUAUGUUUUCAUAAUUAUUCCUCCUUGUGUUAUUUUAUUAUUUGAUGUCAUAAUGUCAUCCUAGUGUAAAGAUUGACACUGAGAUGCUGGUAGAUUCAGUCCCAAAUAGGAUAAAACAUUCUUCCUGAAUUCCAACUUUAGCAGAAACAUAUGACAAAAUGGUAGUAUCAAAGUGGUCCACUUAGGAUGCAUGUUUUCUAAUAAACACUGAUCGAUUGCAAACCUUAACGCCGACGACCAGAAAACACAGAUGUUUACAAAUAAAUCUAAUACCUAGUAGUUUUAGAACCCUGGAAACAAUUAAUCCGCAAAUCAAAUUUUUGUUUUGUUCAUUCAGAUACAAAAAUGUGUAUACUUUAUUUACCUUAGAACCAAAAAAAUGGGCCAAAAGGUUGAAGCGAGUAGGGAAAAAGUUAUUGGUUCCACUCUCACACACAGAUAUGCUUGUUGUUAAACUAGUCCGCUUCCAACUGCCGUAGUCUAGUGUUGAGUACUGAACGAGCUUUAUCGACCAAGCCGAAUGUUAGCUACUAUAACUAGUCUCAGAAACUCAAGAUCACAAUCCACCGUGUUUAGUAUUCAAAGGAUGGAAGUGUGAGGACGGCCCACGAGUGAACUCAGGGAAGUUCUAAGCUGCUUAAAAAUCGCCAGACAUUCCGUUCAAUCAUAUUUUGGAAGAACACCCCAGAAUCUCGACUUGUAGCUUCCCUGUUGGGCAAAUGCUAAAAACCACUGUAUGAGGAUUGGAUGACUGUAAUGAUGAUUUCAUUUUCACUGAAGACUACAAAUACCUGGUAGUUUUGUACCAUAUUUGACAUUGUUUGGGAUAACAUCCCUUCUCAUUCGUCUUCUGUCUUGUAACUUGCGACUUGGAGAGUUCUAGCGUUCAAGCGCUCAAGUAGUAUGCGCUAUAGCAAGAACCUAAGCUCUAGAUAUAACAGGAAUUCAAUCUGUUCCAAGUCUUGACUAAAGGCUUCCUUAUAAAACAUCCACUAUGAUUUUAUGUUUUUUUUUCUAUUAAUCCAUGUAUCUAUCAAUUAAAUUUAAUAUAAAAUUAAUUAUGAUCAUUGCCUAAGUUCAUAUCAUUAAUAGCAACGGUUUAAAUUAUCCAGAAGCUCAAUAGAUAACGUGUUAGCGUUUGAACCAAGAGGUACUGCGUUUGAAUCCCAAUAAGAAAACUAGUCCAUCUAGCUAAUAACUCCUAAACGAGACGAAACGCGAGUCUUUGAUUCUCUUACCAAUGGCGACCCACCUAUUCUAUUUAGUUGAAUUUCUUUGGGAUAAUGAACAAAACCUAUAUUAUUCAUAGUUAUCUAUUUUUAUACAUUAUUUACUUCUAAUGUAAAUUCCAAUUUUUAGAACUUGAAGAAAAAAAACACUAAGAUACAUCCCAUUCAUUUUUGUUCUGUUUAUUUGAAUCUCCCCAUUAAUACUUAGAACUGCAAUUCAUCAGUCUCUUAUAGGCGUCUGUGCGGAUUGCCUCGAUAUUGCCUUAAUUCACAGGCAUUAUUAACAGAGAUGGUUAGUGGCUGGCAAUGGAAUCCAGUUUGACGCGCGUUUCGUUCUACUUUGGACUCGUCAGUUGAAUGUACCUGCAUUUCAGAGUUGAUGUUAACUCGGAGCUUAUAAUUCAUGUGACUUAAGGCAAUAUCAAGGCAAUCUGCACACCAUGCACAUAUACCAACAAGAGACUGACCAAUUGCAGUCCUAAUUAUCAAUGGGAAGAUUCAAACAAUCUAUACAAAAAUGAAUGAAACGACCCGAUUGCAGAAGCUAGUGACUAUCUGGACUGAGUAGCUAAGUCAAUAACGCGAUGGCAUUUGAAGCAGAUGGCACUAAUUUCGAGGGUUGGAGUGAACAUCAACACUGUUAUGCAGGUACAUCGAGCUGACGAGUCCGAGAUGGGACGGAGCGAGAAUCCUGGAUUCCACUGCUAGACACAAUCCAUCUCUGCUAGAUGUGUUUGAGGCUAUUAUUUAUGACUUUUUCUUUUCAUCGCUUUACUUAAUAAAUUUCUCGACUUUGAUACAUUUGAUUUGCAAGAAUAUGAACAUUUUGAGAAAGUAGAAAAUGGUGAUCUCUCUUGGAUAAUACCGAAUAAAUUCCUUGCGUUUUGUGGACCACAUUCACAAACGAAGAUAGAAAAUGGUUAUCCUCUACAUUCACCAGAAGCUUACUUUCCAUAUUUCCGUAAAAGAAAUGUAACCACUAUAAUUAGGUUGAAUAAAAAAGUUUACGAUGCUAAACGUUUCACCAAUGCUGGCUUCGCUCAUUAUGAUUUAUUUUUUACUGAUGGGAGUUGUCCAUCUGAUCAUAUAAUGAAUCGAUUUUUAGAAAUAUGCGAAAAUGUUACGGGAGCAAUUGCUGUACAUUGUAAAGCUGGUUUAGGUCGUACUGGUACACUGAUUGGAUGUUAUUUAAUGAAACAUUAUAAACUUACUUCACGUGAAGUGAUAGGUUGGAUUCGUAUCUGUCGUCCUGGUUCGAUUAUUGGACCACAACAACAUUGGUUAGAUUUAAAACAACCAAUUUGUUGGCAAUUUGGUGAAAUUUACAGAGAAAAUCAGCGUCAAUUAACAACAACACAUUUAGCGGAAUCAUCCAUGAGUAGUGAUGAAGAUUUCAACGUAGCAGAAACAGUAAAAUUACAAAAUACUGUAAAGAAAAAUGAUUUAUUAACGUAUAGAUCUUCAGAAAAUGGAUUAUUAGUUAAGAAUGGUAGAAUCUGUAAAUCUGUUACUCCAGUACCAUUGGUUAGGUCAAAUUAUAAUUCAAAUGAUCUUGGCAUUAAAAAUGUUUGCACUAUUCCACCUAUUUUAUCUCCCGAAAUUUUGUUUUCAAACAGUCUUGUUCAAAACCAACAUAAAAGAUGUUUGAGUAAUAACAAUAAUAAUAAUAUGAAUAUGAAUAAAAACGUCAAAUCGAAUAUCGGCAAUGCAAGAAAAACAACAACAAUAACAACCACUACUACUAAUAACAUUAGUAAUAAUAGUAUCUGUUCUCUUGGAAUUAGUACUGAUAAUACUGGCAGUAGUAAUGAUAGUAAUAAUGAUAAUAGUGGUAUUAGUGAUAGUAAGAGUAACAGUCUUAGUAUUAGUAGUAAUAGUAGUAGUAGUGCAUCUAUCACCGAGACUCUCACUAAUUCUCCACGAUGUUACAAUAUAACUGUUAAAAAUAUUAAUUUAUCACAAUUAUCUAAUGACCAAUCAAAAAAUGCAUCAAAAUUAAAAAGCAAUAAAUCUUUAUCAAAAACCAAUUCAGAUAUUUCAUCGAAAUGUUUUGAUCGCGAAGUGAUUAUUAAUCCAAACUUAAUUAAUGUACAAAAAUCAAAGAAAUUAUUAUUAGACGAUUCACCUGACUCAUCUUAAGACGUUGAUCAGGGAGUUUAACAUAUGUGCAAGUCAUCGGGUUUGUAUGAAACCCAAAGGCGAAGUGGUCGUAAAGGUUUGGCUUGUCUCCGAAGUUAUAUUUCAUCCUGUCGUCUUACUCGCAUUUCAUUUAAGCUGCAGACAGAAAAUCUCCUACCCGUCCCAUGACAUGGACACGUGACCUUAUUUUGAGGCAGAGUAUGAUCAUCUAUUUGGCCUGAAAGAUGAUAAACUAAGCGAGCGAAGAUUGAAGCCAGGCGAAACUUCUGGAUUUUCGUAGAGAUUCUGACGAACGAGUGGAUCUUAGAAGAUAAGUAUUGAAGUUAGAUUUAUGUAACUACUUAGUACCCGGUUCUCUCAGAAUAACUGACAUUUUGAGGAGUAAACAGACUUACCAACAUUCUAUUUUUUCUGGAUUCUGCAUUAUUUUGAUCACUUACAUCAUGUACAAUGAGAUAAUUGUAAUAAAUCUGGUCUCAAUUCCCUAUUGUGUAAUCAACACAAAUAACUGAAGUUUUAUAGAUAACUGUUGAAUUCGUCGCUAAAUAUCUUUUUUAUUGUACUACAUUAAAUCCUAUUCAAAUACAAAACAGAAUAUUAUUUAAUAAAACUUAGAUAGUUUAUAGCCACAUUUAGUUCACCACAUUUUUCUUUUCUGUUAAAACUGAAUGACUGAUAAACGAUCUAAUAUUGUAACUGAUUAGUUCUGUUACUAUAUUUAAAAACAUGUUCUAUCAACGAUAUCUUAUUGAGUUAUCUAAUAUUUUAUCAAUACUUUGGUUAAUACUUAGUCGUGGAACUAGAAUUAAUAAACACUAACAAAGUUGUUAGAACCAUUAAGUUUCACCCAACAGUUUGUCAAUUUCUGAUACCCUUAAACAAUAUUUAAUUUUUUUAAAUACCAGCUAAAUUAAAUUCAAAAUCACGUAUUAGUCAAGGUGACCAGUUGAAUAGAAUAAAAGCAAUGAGACGUCCAAUGCAACAGCGUGUAUCAGAUUCCCAAAAACGCAGUAAUAUAAAAUUAACAAACAGUAAUAGUAAUUUGAAUCGUACCUUCAAUCGUGCGGCAAGUACUCCAACUGAUAUACAUGAUUUGGAUCGUGGUUCUGUUUCAUGUACAUCAUCCAUGACAAAUAUUCAAGAUCAAUUGCCUGGAUCUACAUUAACCUAUUCAUCUAGUCCUGACAACUUUAAUAAUACUAAUUCGUUAUGCUCAAACACUAAGAAUAAAAAAAGUGGAAAUAUGUCUCCUAUAUAUUCGGGUAAUAAUGAUUCAAGAACUCAACCUGAUACCUACACAAAGUGUACUCCAUCUACUAUUGUAUCUCCAACUGUUCCACCACGUUUUUCUCGAUAUUCAACUCGUCAGUCGUCAAAUCGUAACAACAGUGGUUCAAUCACAGUUAAAGUACGCAAUAGAAUCGGAGUGAAACGUACUAAACCGACUACUGAUGAUAAUAAUAUUAAUAACAAUCUAACUAUUACUAAAAAUAACGUUGAUAAAGAGAAGUUGAUUGGCAAUUCAGUUCCAUUAACUAACCGAUCAGUUGCAUCACCAUCAAUGAAAACAACAACUACAAUUAUCACAAGCGAUACUUCAGUACCAAUGACAAUGGAUCAUACAUCAGUACCAAUAAAACGUACAUCAUCAACAAUAAGAAAAUCUCUUGAUUUAGGUAAUAUAGUCCCAUUUGCUACCUCUGUUGAUAUCAAACACAAUAACUGUAAUAAUGCAAAAUGUAUUUAUGGUCAUCACAAUAGUAAUUUGACUAAUAUUCCUGUAUAUGACAAUGUUGUACAAAGUGAAUUAGAUCCAUUAAACAAUACGAAUUAUUCUCCAAUGUCUACCAAUAAUCGAUAUAGUUUUAGUGAUGUUUUAAAUCCAGUUACACUGAAUUAUAUAGAUAAUUUUAAUAUCAAUAAUAAUAAUAAUAAGAGUCAUGGUUCAAUAAAAACCCCGACAUAUAAUCUUAGACAAAGUGUCCGCCAAGAACAACAGCAACAACAAAGACAUCACUUAUGCAAACAAACAUCUUCCACCACUAGUGAUUAUUUCACUGAAACAAAUCAUAUUCAUUCAACUGUCGAUACUUCUUCUUCCAAUCGUCAUUCUACAAAAUGUCCAGGAACAAAAACAAUCCGAUUACCUGUGACGACAUUGUACUCUCAAGAUCCUUUAUUCAUCCGGAAUAAUCAGUCAUCAGCAGCCACAACAAUCAAACCAUCAUCACCAACAGUUACAUAUUCAAUUAAUAAAACUGCCAGAGAACCAUAUUUUACUAGAUCUGUUCGUGCUCGAGCACUACAUACUUCUAUGACAGAUUUAUCUGAUCUGUUAAUUGGAUCACAGUUAUCUGAUUAUUCAAAUAAUAGUAGUAGUAGCAGUAGCAGUAUGACUUAUGAUUCUUUACCAUCAACUAGUCAAAAUUCCAAUACAUCAGUUAAUCUUUACACCAGUCCAUCACCAUCAUCAUUUUUUAGUGAACUGUCAGCGUCAAAUAACACUCAAACUCCUUUGUCAUUUGCUUCACUUCCAAUAAGAUUUCAUUUUCGUCAUCCGAAUGUAACAAAGAAUAAUGAUCAGAAUCAUAUUAAUGGAUAAACAGAAUGGAUCUGAACUAUGAAAAGAAAAUAAUAGAAAACAAACUCAACUCAAUUGAAUGUGUAGAAAGUAGACAAAUCCCUGCGUUUCAUUAGUCUCUCGAAUUUUCCUGCUGACUUUAUUUUUUAAAAUUGCUUGUCUACAACUUGUUUCCUGACAUUUCAUUUAAUUAUGCAGCUAAUAUGUUAGUUUUCGUUCUUGAUUACUCGUUGUUAAAAUAUAAAUAUGAGAUUUUAUCAUCCUGCCUUUCAGAUAAUCCUUAUUAUACAUUAAAGUUGUUCUUGCUGAUAUCAUUACAUUACACUUAAGUCUUUCACUUUACCAGAAACGUACAUCUUUAUAUAUUAUUAUUAUUGGUUAAGGGUGUGUAAAUUGUAUUGCGGGCAUUUAUUUGUUGCACUAAUCUUAUUAUCUGAUUCAAUUUUCUGUUAAUUCUAAGAAUUCUCAAUCAUAAUCCUAAAUUUCAAGUAUAUGGGUGGGUUGCAGUUCAAAUACAAUGUACCAAAUCAUUGCUUAUUGUUAAGAUGCUUUCAAACUACUGAUAUUGAUAUUCAGUAGGCAUGAUGUAUUAUGGUAAACCAUUAAAUUGCACUUUUGUCUACAUAAUCGACUGCAAACCUAUUAACUCCCAUUCAUCUACGUAUAUAUACCGUACAUUGUAUAAAAUAUAUUGAUAAUUAUGUGUUAUAGUACGACAAUUCUAAUUUAUUUUCCAAGUUGAUUUACAAUGACACAUUAUUAAUAUACACCAUUAUUCUUUGUGAAUUCUACUCUUGUUAUCUAUUAAUCAACGUAUAAAAGUCUACAUAUAUUCAUAUUUGACAUCUAUGAAGCUGGCUUUUUUCUCUAUGUCUAUUCUUCUAAUUAUUUGUGUUUAAUAUACAUAUAUACUUCUUAAUAUCAAAUACAGAUUUAUCUCUUCUGCUAAUUCACCAUAUUUUUUCACAAAAAUAACUGAAUAAAGAGAUAUUGGAGAAAGAUAAUUGUGUACUAAGUAGUGACAAGCCGAAACCCGUAUAUACGAACGAAAAAGAUAACCGUUUGCUGGUUGAUAACUUGUCAGCGCUUCCAAACUUCAACUGGUUUCUCGAC